AUGCCAAAGGAUCUCAUCGACAAGCAACUCUGGUUUCAUGGUCCGUACUGGUUGCCUCUACUCGAUCAGAACUGGAAUACCGCUAACCAUUUGGAGUACGAGCCGCCAUCGGAAGAACUGCUGGAGAAGAAGAAAAAUGUUCUAGUUUUGGUGGAGCCUCAACAUCCUCAUCCGCUGCUUGAUCGAUACUCCUGCUACUGGAAACUGCUGCGGAUCACCGGUUACUGUUUGAGAUUCAUCCGAAGGUGUCAAGCACCAGCAUCGCCCCCCGUGACCCGGAGCCUCACCGUUGCGGAAAUACAAGAGGCAAAAUAUAUUUUAGUACGCUGUGUUCAACGGGAGCCUUUUGCUGUGGAGAUCAAGGCUCUCGCCAACCAUCGGCUCGUUCCUGCUCACUCGCCGCUGAAACUCCUUCACCCUUUCCUGGAUCAGCUGGGCAUACUUCGCGUUGGUGGCCGGCUGAAGCUAGCUGGUGAGUCGUAUUGCGUUCGGCACCCCAUGAUUCUACCCAGCAACCACUCGUUUACCCGACAAGUAGCAAUCGCAUACCACAAAAUGGCACUCCAUUCUGGCCCCCGCAUGACACUCGCUCAAAUUCGGCAAGAAUUCUGGCCGUUACGUGGUAAGGCAUUGGCAACACACACAUUCCGGAAUUGCAUUCGUUGCUUCCGAAGUAACCCUGUCCCUAUAUCCCAACCCCCUGGUCAACUUCCAAAACCCCGUACAACACCCUCUCGUCCUUUUGCUAUCACUGGCGUGGACUACUGUGGGCCUGUCUACCUCAAGCCCGUACAUCGUCGAGCAGCAUCGCAGAAGGCGUACAUUGCCGUUUUCGUGUGCUUCUGCACGAAGGCGGUUCAUCUCGAGCUGGUAGGAGACCUUACAACUUCGGCUUUCCUCGCUGCUUUGCGGCGAUUCAUCUCGCGUAGAGGUCUUCCUACUGAGAUCUACUCGGACAAUGGUCUCAACUUCAAAGGUGCCAGCAACCAGCUUCGGGAACUUUACGAUCUACUACGCGAUCCAAACACUGCAUCCGCAAUUUCCAACGAAACUGUCCAGCGAGGAAUCGUUUGGAAAUUCAUCCCGCCACGAGCACCAAAUUUCGGCGGCCUCUGGGAGGCUGCCGUGAAGUCGGGUAAAACUUCACUUAUCCGGGUGUUGGCCCAGCGAAAAUUAUCGUUCGAGGACAUGGCUACGAUUCUCACCCAAGUCGAGGCGGCUAUGAACUCGCGACCGCUCACUCCGUUGUCGGAGGAUCCAGAUGAAUUGGACGUGCUCACGCCUGGGCAUUUCCUCACCGGAUCGUCGUUACUCGCGAUACCUGACCCAGAUUACACCGAUGUACCCGUGAAUCGGCUGCAGCACUACCAAGGAUUGCAGCAGCUAGUACAACAACACUGGAAUAGAUGGAGGCGCGAAUACAUCUCGCAGCUCCAUAACCAAAACCAACGAUACCCGCAAUCAACACGUCUCAAAGUGGGUCAAAUGGUGAUCCUUAAAGAGGACGGAAUUUCUGCCAUCGCAUGGCCACUGGCUCGCAUCACCGAAGUCUACCGGACGAAGUGGUCAGGGUAG